AUGGUUCUCCUCAGCCCAUCGAUCAGUGGGCUCACCCAGUUGCUGUCAGUUUGUGAGAGUUAUGCUAAAUCUCAUGGGCUAAAAUAUAAUGUAGCGAAAACCGAGAUGCUCGUUUUCAGGGCGGGAACGAGUCCGGAGAACGUCACCGAAGUUACAUUGAAUGGCUCAGUAGUUCGGGUUGUCGAACAGUUUAAGUAUCUUGGUCAUAUUGUGACUGGAGACCGUAAAGAUGAUUUAGAUAUGGAGCGUGAGAGACGGGCAUUGUCGGUUCGGUGUAACAUGCUCGCGCGCCGUUUUGCUAGAUGUAGUGGAGAAGUGAAGGAGACCCUCUUUAGAGCUUACUGCCAGUGCUUCUACACUUGCCAGUUCUGGUAUAAUUAUAAGAGGUCUUCCUUCAGCACCGUAAGGGUGCAGUAUAAUAAUGCAUACCGCAUCCUUAUGAAGCUUCCUCGCUACUGCAGCGCGUCGGGCAUGUUCGCUGAGGGGAGAAUGCCCGAUUUCUUUGCUAUUAUAAGGUCAUGUAUAUCUUCCUUCUGGGACAGAUUGCGUGACGCUAGUAAUAGCAUUCUUAAAGUAAUUUGUAAAGACUUGACAAGCCUGAUGAUGCGAUAUUGGAUCAGAGCACAUCGGGAACCUAACAAAAAAUGA